GUGACUGGCCACAGUCAGGCUACUUAGCAGGAAAUAACCUAACCGGGAACAGGCUUGUUGUGGAGUGAAAUGAUCAGAAGUCAGGGUUUUGAUAACACAAUGUCCAGUUAUUUUACAUGUAUAUAUUUUUGCAUAAUAUUUUAAGCUACUUAAGUGAUAAUAUUUGACUGCUGCUGGUCUCGACUUUGUGUGUUAAACCAACAGUCGUUACCAACAGUAAAAUAAUAUUCCUAAAGGCAGCGAGUAACAGAAAUCACAAGGUGCAGUGAAAUGACCCUGGAUGCAGGAUCUCCACAGUGAAGCUUCAGAGUGCUGAGUCAGUUUAUAGCAAACACAGCCAAGCAGCACAGCCAUGGCUUCAGAUAUCAACUAUCAGGAUGGACCAGUGUUUUCCCAAAUAAACGAGAGCCCAGAAGAUAAUGAUGAUGAACCCAUCCACCCGAACAGUCCUUCCCGCAGGCAGAGCGAGUACGAGCGAAUUGGGGGCAGAGCUGGAUCCUCUUUCUUACAGAUAUUAAUUCAUUUACUGAAAGGAAACAUCGGUACAGGACUGCUCGGCUUGCCUCUAGCUGUGAAGAAUGCAGGGCUCGUGUUGGGCCCUCUGAGUCUGCUGGUGAUGGGCAUUGUGGCUGUACAUUGCAUGCACAUCCUUGUGAACUGUUCGCAUCAUCUAAGCACAAAGUUAGGAAAGCCAUUUCUGUCCUAUGGAGAGGCAGUGGAAUAUGGGAUGGAGAAUGUGUCUUGGUUGAGAAGGCAUUCUAUAUGGGGAAGACGUCUGGUAAAUUUGUUCCUGAUCAUCACUCAGCUGGGCUUCUGCUGUGUGUACUUUGUAUUCCUGAGUGACAAUUUUAAACAGGUAAUUGAGGCAGCCAAUGGGACCACAAUGAACUGCAACACCAAUGAGACGGCAGUGAUUGUUCCCAGCUUUGACUCUCGCAUCUACAUGGUUAUCUUCCUCCCCUUCAUCAUUGCUCUGGUGUUUACUCGCAACCUUAAGUUCCUGACCCCUUUCUCUUUCAUGGCCAACGUGGUCAUGUCUGCCAGCUUGGUGCUCAUCUACUACUACUGCCUAACGCAUAUUCCACACCCUGUUAACCUUCCAUUGGUUGGAAAACCUGGUGACUACCCUUUAUUCUUUGGAACUGCUAUAUUUGCCUUUGAAGGAAUCGGUGUAGUCCUGCCACUAGAGAACAAAAUGCACAAACCUCAGAACUUCAGCAAAGUGCUGUACUUGGGAAUGGGCAUCGUCACCAUGUUGUACAUCUCCCUCGGCACCAUCGGCUACAUCUGCUUUGGUGCACGCAUUGGGGGCAGCAUCACACUCAACUUACCUGACUGCUGGAUGUAUCAGAUUGUGAAGCUGCUGUACUCAUUUGGGAUCUACAUCACAUACGCACUGCAGUUCUAUGUGCCAGCCGAAAUUCUGAUUCCCCCAGCAGUGGCACGGGUCAGGCCCAGGUGGGCACUGCUUGUGGACCUCAGCAUCCGUGUGGGCCUCGUCCUCCUUACAUGUGCAUUGGCUAUUCUGAUUCCAGAGCUGGACCUGGUCAUCUCAUUGGUUGGUUCUAUCAGCAGCAGUGCGCUAGCGCUCAUAUUUCCUCCUCUGCUGCAUAUCCUCACCUUCCACACAGAGGGAAUUUUAGUCUGGGUGAUAAUUAAGAACAUUGUCAUCAGCUUUCUUGGCCUGGUGGGCUUCGUAGCAGGGACCUAUGUCUCCAUCAUGGAGAUCAUCAAACGUAGUUAAUGUUAAAUUUAUUGCUCACUGCCAUAGUACAUUUCUCAUUAUGGAUAAUCAAGAAGAAAAUAUUGAGCAAAUGCAAAGUGCAGUUUAAAAUGGUCACUUUGACCUUUUUUUUUACGUCACUAUUUGUUUACAGUAUUAUUCGGUCAGUACAUGUCAUGUAAUGUGUGGCGGAUGCAAGUGCAGAUUCACUGAAAUAAAGUGCAAAACAAACAACAAAACCUUGAAAACAAGGAUAUGAACAUAACAAUGGAUACUAGGCAAAAACACAAAGGCUAAGAACUAGGCUAUGGCAGUAUGACAUGACAUACACAAGAUAACAACAAAAGCUUGACCAUGAAGUGCAGAAACAGUACAAUUUAUAUAGGGGUGCUAAUGAGGGUGAGACCAGACACUGGUGUGAGUGCUUGGUGAGAUAUGGGACAGGGUCAUGCUAGGGCUGAUGGGUAAUCUUGUCUUGUGCCGAAUUUUGUUAUAACAAGGACAGUACCAAAUUGCUUUCUUCUAUAAAAUUCUUAUUAUUUACUUGCAGGGAAUUAUUGCCAUUAUAUUACAAGGUAUCACCCUUUUGGUGAUAAAAUCUAUUCUUUAUAUAUAUAUAUAUAUAUAUA